AUGAGAAACUUUGGAUUUGGCGAAAAAUGGAUUUGGUGGAUGAAGACUUGCAUUUCUACAGCUAAGGGGUUUGUUUUGGUCAAUGGUGUAACCACUGAGGAGUUUCAACCACAAAAGGGGUUAAGGCAAGGGGAUCUUCUUUCUUCGUUUUUAUUCAUUAUUGUAGCAGAAGUUCUCAACCUUUUAUUGGAGAGGGCUAUAAGAAUCGGUCUGUUUAAAGGUGCCACAGUUAGAACUAAUAAGUUGAGAAUCUCACAUCUCCAAUUUAAAGAUGACAUUAUCAUAUUCUGUGAAGGUGAUAAGGAGGCAAUUCUGAACAUAAAGAGGGUGUUGUGGUGCUUUGAGGUGAUGUACGGGUUAAAGAUCAGUUAUCAUAAAAGUGUAGUUUGUGGGGUGGGCUUCCAAGAUGACCACACUAAGGAGUUUGCUAAGAUUCUGAACUACCUGACCAAGAAAUUGCCAUUUAAUUUCUUAGGUUUGCAUUUAGGGGCCAAUCCUAGAAGAAAGAGCACAUGGCGUCCAGUAGUGGACAAGGUCAAGAAGAAGCUGUCUUCUUGGAAGAGGAAGUUAUCUUAUACUGGGAGAUUGACUUUGAUUAAAUCUGUCCUCUAG